GACCAAGGCAAAUGGACACUACUCCGCAAUGUCAACCAGGCCCUGAAGCCCACAACCAUUUUAGCGGGGGAUUAUGUGUGGAUGGACCUCAAAACUGGACGGGAAUUCGAUGUUCCCAUUGGAGCAGUGGUUAAACUGUGUGACUCCGGACAGAUCCAGGUCGUGGAUGAUGAAGGCAAUGAGCACUGGAUUUCCCCACAGAAUGCCAGCCACAUCAAACCCAUGCACCCCACCUCCAUCCAUGGGGUGGAGGACAUGAUCCGCCUGGGGGACCUGAACGAGGCAGGAAUCCUCAGGAACCUGCUGAUCCGCUAUCGGGAGCACCUCAUCUACACAUACACUGGUUCAAUACUGGUGGCAGUAAAUCCCUACCAGCUCCUACCCAUCUACUCACCUGAGCAGAUACGCCUGUACACCAACAAGAAGAUCGGUGAGAUGCCACCACACAUCUUUGCCAUUGCUGACAACUGCUACUUCAACAUGCAGCGCAACAACAAGGACCAGUGUUGUAUCAUAAGUGGUGAAUCCGGAGCAGGGAAGACAGAAAGCACCAAACUGAUUCUGCAGUUCCUGGCAGCGAUCAGUGGCCAGCACUCCUGGAUUGAGCAACAGGUCCUGGAGGCCAAUCCCAUUUUGGAAGCUUUUGGGAAUGCAAAGACUAUCCGUAACGACAAUUCCAGCCGAUUUGGGAAGUACAUAGACAUCCACUUCAACAAAAGGGGAGCCAUCGAGGGGGCAAAGAUUGAGCAGUACCUGCUGGAGAAGUCCCGGGUCUGCAGGCAGGCUCAGGAUGAGAGGAACUACCACGUGUUUUACUGCAUGCUGAGAGGGAUGACAAUGGAGCAGAAGAAGAAGCUGGGACUUGGGAAAGCCACAGACUACAACUACCUUGCAAUGGGUAACUGCACGACCUGCGAUGGCAGAGAUGACAGCAAGGAGUACGCCAACAUCCGCUCCGCAAUGAAGGUCCUGAUGUUCACCGACACGGAGAACUGGGAGAUCUCCAAGCUGCUGGCUGCCAUCCUGCACAUGGGGAACCUCCAGUAUGAAGCUCGGACCUAUGACAACCUGGACGCCUGCGAGGUUGUUCAGUCAGCAUCACUAAUCACUGCGGCAUCGCUGCUGGAGGUUGAUCCUCAGGAUGUGAUGAACUGCCUUACCAGCCGGACUAUCAUCACCAGGGGUGAGACUGUCUCCACCCCUCUCAGCAUGGAACAGGCACUGGAUGUGAGGGAUGCUUUUGUAAAGGGAAUUUAUGGGCGGCUCUUCGUGUGGAUUGUGGAGAAGAUCAAUGCUGCAAUUUACAGACCUCCUUCCCAGGAACUCAAAAGUAUCCGGAGAUCCAUUGGCCUUCUUGACAUCUUUGGUUUUGAGAACUUCACUGUGAACAGUUUUGAGCAGCUUUGCAUCAACUUUGCAAACGAAAACCUGCAGCAGUUCUUUGUGCGCCAUGUCUUCAAACUAGAGCAGGAGGAGUACAACCUGGAGAACAUCAACUGGCAGCACAUCGAGUUCACUGACAACCAGGAUGCCUUGGACAUGAUUGCCAUCAAGCCCAUGAACAUCAUCUCCCUCAUUGACGAGGAGAGCAAGUUCCCCAAGGGUACAGAUGCCACCAUGUUACACAAGCUGAACUCCCAGCACAAGCUUAACACCAACUACAUUCCUCCGAAGAAUAACUAUGAAACCCAGUUUGGCAUUAACCACUUUGCUGGAAUUGUUUACUACGAAACCAAAGGUUUCUUGGAAAAAAACAGGGACACACUGCAUGGAGACAUCAUUCAGCUGGUCCAUUCCUCAAAAAACAAAUUCAUCAAGCAGAUCUUCCAAGCAGAUGUGGCAAUGGGAGCAGAGACGAGGAAGCGCUCGCCGACGCUCAGCAGCCAGUUCAAGCGGUCCCUGGAGCUGUUGAUGAGGACCCUCAGCGUGUGCCAGCCCUUUUUUGUCCGCUGCAUCAAGCCCAAUGAGUACAAGAAGCCCAUGCUGUUUGACCGGGAGCUGUGCGUCCGCCAGCUGAGGUACUCGGGGAUGAUGGAGACCAUCCGGAUCCGCCGGGCCGGCUACCCCAUCCGCUACACCUUCGUGGAGUUCGUGGACCGCUACCGGGUGCUCAUGCCCGGGGUGAAGCCAGCAUAUAAACAGGGUGACCUGCGUGGGACGUGCCAGCGCAUUGCUGAGGCAGUACUUGGGAAGGAUGACGACUGGCAGAUUGGAAAGACAAAGAUCUUCUUGAAGGACCACCACGACAUGCUGCUGGAGAUUGAGAGAGACAAGGCCAUCACAGACAAAGUCAUCCUCAUCCAGAAGGUGGUCCGCGGGUUUAAAGACAGGUCAAAUUUCCUGAAAGUGAGAAAUUCAGUCCUGAUGAUUCAGAGAUACUGGCGUGGACAUAACUGCAGGAAGAACUAUGGUGCUAUGCGGCUGGGCUUCCUGCGGCUGCAGGCCCUGUACCGGUCCCGCAAGCUCCACAAGCAGUACCGCGGGGCUCGACGGAGGGUCAUCGAGUUCCAGGCGCGGUGCCGCGGCUACCUGGUCCGGCGG